UUUUUUUUUUUUUUUUUUUUUGCUAUGUAUGUGUACGCAUGCAUAUACGCGCAUGAUAGCACCACCCGCCUCAGACAGGCGGUCACGUGCCACACACCCUGACCACAGGAUCCGUGAAGGAUUUACGUGACUUUUUUUUUUUUUUUUUUCUGGAUUCAUUGUGAUUUGUGUACGGAGUACUGUCUCUGACCCUCCCUCUCUGGUUAAAAAAACAAAACAAAACAAAAAAGACAAACAGAAAAAAAACCCCGGCCUUUAUUUUGACACCUUUUUGCUUUGCAUGGCCGGUGAGUAACCGUGGAGAGGCCAGGGUACCACAAGCUUAUGGAUUUUGAUAAGAGAGGUGGGAGGGCAGACGCCGACGAGGGCAGGAGGAUGUCCAAACCGGGCGGAGGACGGCCCGGGCACGGUAGCCGCGGCACGGGUGGAAAUUCCGGUGUCCUCAUGGUCGGACCCAACUUCCGCGUGGGAAAGAAGAUCGGAUGCGGGAACUUCGGAGAGCUGAGGCUCGGCAAGAACCUCUACACCAACGAAUACGUGGCAAUUAAACUGGAACCGAUAAAGUCCAGGGCACCGCAGCUUCACUUGGAGUACAGAUUCUAUAAACAGUUGGGAAGCUCAGAAGGGAUCCCUCAGGUAUUUUACUUCGGGCCAUGCGGGAAGUACAACGCAAUGGUUCUGGAGCUCCUCGGCCCCAGCCUGGAGGAUCUGUUCGACCUCUGCGACCGCACUUUCUCCCUGAAGACCGUCCUCAUGAUGGCCAUACAGCUGAUCACACGCAUGGAAUACGUCCACACCCGGAGCUUGAUAUAUCGAGACGUGAAGCCGGAGAACUUCCUGGUCGGGCGGCCGGGCAGUAAGAGGCAGCACACCAUCCACAUCAUCGACUUUGGGCUCGCCAAAGAGUACAUCGACCCAGAGACCAAAAAACACAUCCCGUACCGGGAACACAAGAGCCUCACAGGGACGGCCCGCUACAUGAGCAUCAACACACACCUGGGCAAAGAGCAAAGCAGACGAGACGACCUGGAAGCGCUGGGACACAUGUUCAUGUACUUCUUGAGAGGCAGCCUGCCCUGGCAGGGGUUAAAGGCCGACACGCUGAAGGAGCGCUAUCAGAAAAUUGGAGACACCAAGCGAACCACACCGAUCGAGGUCCUCUGUGAGAGUUUCCCAGAAGAGUUAGCAACGUACCUGCGCUACGUCCGGAGGCUUGACUUUUUCGAGAAGCCCGACUACGACUACCUGAGGAAGCUCUUCACCGACCUCUUCGACCGGAACGGCUAUGUCUUUGAUUACGAAUACGACUGGGUCGGGAAGCCUUUGCCCACACCCAUCGGCCCUAUUCCCAACGAUACGCCGCAGCCGAGCCGGGACAAAGCACAGCAGCAGACCAAAGCCCAGUUGCCUGAGCCGAAACGGAGCGAGUCCCAGCCCACUCCCGUCACUAAGGAGACGCUGGGGUCGCAUCUCACAGCUGAGGGGCUGGGGGGCUCAGUCCAGAUAAUGAGCUCGACCAACGGAGAGCUGAACACGGACGACCCGACCGCAGGACACUCCAACGCUCCGAUCACAGCCGCCACCGAGGUGGAGGUCGCAGAUGACACAAAGUGCUGCUGUUUCUUCAAACGACGAAAGCGGAAAACCCUCCAGAGACACAAGUGAACAGCGCUCACAGGAAGAGAACUUGAACCGCUUGGAUUACUGUCGAGUUUUAAACGGAAGCGAACACGCUGCUCAGUCCCUUCUUCUCUCUGUCGGUCUUUUUAUCUUCUCUCCUCUCUCUCUUCUCUGCUUACUUUUUCUCUUUCUCCUUCUCUACCCCGUGUUUAUCACUCGAAACCCUGCACCGGCCGAUGCAGAACUUCUGUGGGAAACAUUGCUGACUUCAAGACAUACUAUUUUUUUUCUCCUUUCUUCUUUGAAAUAACAAAAACAGAACAUGUAAAGGAAAAAAAAGUACUCCCACUUAAGUGGUGGUGGCAAACUGUAUAAAAAAAAAAAAACAACUAAUGCAGAUAAAUGAGCACCGUGAUGUGAAAUUACAAAACAUGAUGCUGUCGUCGUGAUUUAGAUUCCAUGCAGAACAUUUUGUCAUUCAGUUCAUCUGAGGAAUUGACUCGACUUCGAUGGAUGGAUCGGAUUCUUUGAGAGUUUUUUUUUUUUGUUGUUUUCUUAGCUGUAGAUCGAUCUUUGUUUCAAAUCGGAGGAAAAAAAGAUUUGUUUCAUCUCAAGCAUACAGAAUUUUCUGUCGUUCAUUUGUUAUCGUUUUUGUUUUGUUUUCUUUUUUUUCUUUUUUGGGGUCGCAUUUGGAGAUGAAUUACUGGGUUGAAAGGAAACCUUCACUUUUUAUGUUGUAAUGACCUGGGAAUUUUUUUAUGGCUUUAUUUUUGUGCGUGUGUGAUAUGUGAGUAUGUGUGUUUUUUUUCUUUUUCCUCUUGUUAACUUGGACUGUGUAGCACAGUGACUGGUCUCAGGUACUGUGGAUCAUGGGGAGAUAAAUCAGUUGUAAGCUCUCUGCUUAUUGUUGCACUUUUGAGAGGCAAAAAAAAGAGAGAGAAGACGGAAAAGACAAACAAGAAGAGACUGCCCUAGGAUGAAUCCCGCCCGGCGAGGGCCGAAAUUCACGGGCGAGAUGAAACGCCCUCCUCUUUUAUGUUUCACGUUUAGAUUUAUUUACCAGGAAAUCAUAGUUUGUGCCUUUCCAAGUAAAAUGGUUAAAAGUUAACACAAA